UUACAAGUGACCUAUACAAGUAGUCUAUAUGUCAGGUUUUACCAGGAUUCUCUCAGUGUACUACGUAUUCAAGUUGAGGAUUUGACCAAGUACAGUACAGUCUUAGCCAUGACUGCUUUGGAUAACAUGGGUGAAGGCUCAGUACAAGAAGGAGGAAAGUCUCGUCUCUCACUGCGGCAGAGUCGUAAACGCUCUCUCAAUUCAGACAUAUCUCCAGCUCCUGAACCUCGCACCAGUCACCGUUUUCGUACCUCCAGCACCAGUGACUCUGACGACAGGAAUAAAACACCACCCAUGUUACGAAAGAUGAGUCUUGGGAGAAAUGCAACCACCAGCAGCGGGAGACGUACGGCAGGAGGUUCUGCCCAGUCAACAGGUGGUUCAAGUAGUGGGGUUGGAGAUGGGGGAUAUGGUGGUGGUCGAGUGGUUGGGGUGUGUCCUCUGGCUAACAUGGGUAACACCUGCUUCCUGAACUCAGUGCUGUAUGCUCUUAGGUUCCUGCCGGGGUUCACCCAUGACCUCCAUCACCUCCAUAUGCAUUUACAGUCUGCUGGGGACCAGAGUGAUGGUAACCUGGAACAGCGCAUUCAGUUUUUGUCUGAGCUGCAUCGUGUAUUUGUCAGCCUUGGCCAGGAGGAGAGGUCUAGUGCAGACAACAAAAGAAUACCUGCUUUUCAGCCUUACGAGUUUUUAGAGGCUCUGAGAGUUGUUAAUCCAAUGUUUGAGGGUAAUCGUCAACAAGAUGCUCAUGAACUACUUCACUGCCUCUUGGACCAACUGUGCCAUCUGCCACAAGAUCUGCGGCAGGGCAAGCCUAAUGGCACACUUGGCACAGAAUUAACAGGAAUGGAACAGGAAGUUGACCUCAGUCCUCCUGAACCCAAAAGAUUGCGUAGGAGAUCAGAGAGAAUACAGGCUAUUGAAGAAGAUUCCAGCAAGGCCGUUGAUGUUGUUGGUUCUAAAUUUGUUGGCCGCAUGUGCCUAGAAACUUGCUGCUCGGAGUGUGAGCAAGUUACUGGUCGUGAGGAGAACUUUUUAGAAGUUUGUGUUCCGGUUAAAACUAAAGCUGAUUUUGAUGAGGAUGAGAAUGUGAGUGAACCACAAGUGUUUAUGUCUGCCCUGUGUGAGGAAGAAUGCUUACGAGACAACAAUAAGUAUUGGUGUGACCACUGCUUCCAUCACAACGAGGCGCGCCGCUCCGUCCACUACUCCCAGCUGCCGCAUCACCUCGUCAUUCACGUCAAAAGGUUCAGCUCAUAUCAUAGAAAUAUGUUCACUGCCAAGUGUAGCGAAGCCAUGCCAGCGCCUCUAGAACUGUCCUGCUUCUGUCGGGGUUGUCUCACAGAACAGAUUCGGAAGCAGUCACUGGCUGAAGUAGGAAGGGACAAGGGACCUAAGUCAAGCUCAAGUAGUAAACCUGACACGACUCCACACCUUCCUUACCAUCUUACAGCUGUUGUUUGUCACCUGGGAGCUACUCUGUCAUCUGGGCACUAUUUGUCAUUUGUUCGCCUUAGUGCCCUGCACUCAUCAGCAUGCCCGGAGCAGCAAGUACAGAACCAGACACAGCCACAACCACCUAACACUAGCAAGGUGGUGGACUGUCAGUGGAUGAAGUGCUGUGGUCUACAGUUAUCUCAUAUCCGUCCUCAUUCAGUUUUAAAUGGUCACAUUGACAGUGAAGAAAGUAGGAACAUGGAUGAACAAGAGAGUAUGUGGCUGGAGUGUGAUGAUGACAAGAUAAAAUUGGUGAGCGCCUCCGAAGUUAGUGACAUGAUGCGAACUACCAUUAUUACCCCAUAUCUUCUCUUUUACUCUCGUCUCUGAUCUCUCAAUCUAAGUUUUUAAGUGCAAAAUUUAAAGUGGGGAGAGGUAGGCACUUUCAUUUUGAUCUCUUAAAAACUGCAGUGAAUUCUUUGUAUUUUGUUUUGUAGUGUACCCUUGAUAAAGAUAUUCGGAUGCUCAAGAGAAUUCAGUUUUGAGUUUUAUAUUUUUACCAGUGAUGGCAGAGCAUUAGGAUGUAAGGAAUGACUACUACUAUUAACACUCAUCAUAACUUUGAAACCUUUCUCAUGUGAGGAUAGUGCCUAUAUUCCUUUAUUUAAUGAAGGAAAGUGAUAAGACUUCCAUCAGCACCCACUACCUCUUGUGUCAGGUAACCUAAAAACAACUCACCUGUUCGCAUACGAAGUGUGGAAGCAAAAUAGGUGCCUAAACCAAGCAUUGUUUACAAUAGGAAAUUGUGUGAACGUAGGCAUAACCAAAGGAUUCUUACCAGGACUUGGGAUAUCAUAGUACAGUACUGUACCUUGUUAUAAACUACC